CUGGGCUGAAGAUUUGUGUGUCCCGAAUGGCUCCACAGACUUUGGUCCUUGCUAAGCAUUUGUGCUGAAGACAGGUUGUUAUGAGACUCGUGCCAUUCCCACACUGGUUUUUCCCACCACAGAUCCUGAAAGACCAGAGUGUAACUACCUGCCACAAAGCUCUGCUCUGCCCCCAAGACACAGCAUGGAAGCCAUUGCCAAGUUUGAUUUCACUGCUUCUGGAGAAGACGAGUUGAGCUUCCAGGCUGGGGAUAUGUUGAAGAUUUUGAGCUCCCAGGAAGAGUGGUACAAGGCUGAGCUCAGAAGUCAUGAGGGCUACGUUCCUAAGAACUUCAUUGAUUUCCAUGUUCCCCCCUGGUUUGAUGAGAAGAUAUCCCGGCACGAAGCAGAGAACCUCCUCAUGAGCAAAGGAGUCGGCUGCUUCAUCGUCCGAGCCAGUCAGAACUCUCAGGGUGACUUCUCCAUCUCUGUCAGGCAUGAAGAUGAUGUGCAGCACUUCAAAGUGAUGAGGGAUUCCAAGGGUAGCUAUUACUUGUGGACAGAGAAAUUCCACUCGCUAAACAAGCUGGUGGACUACUACAAGACAACUUCCAUCUCCAGGCAGAAGCAGAUCUUCCUAAGGGACAACAGCCAAGAAGAAAAGGAGAGGCGCGGUGGGAGCCUGGAACGGAUAGGUCGGGAAGGAUUCCACAUGGGAGGAGCAGCUGGAGAAGAUCGUUCUUCUGUAUCCAGGAGAUAUGUAGAGCAUCCUGUUCCCAUACUGCAGCAGCAACAGGAAAGAUAUGGUGGGAGUCUGGACAGGAGUGACAUGAUGCACAGACUAAGGGAUCAUGGCCAAGGAAGUGCAGGGGCUAUGCAGAGGAGACACACGGACCCUCUGCAUCAGCAGACACCGCGAACGCUGUGGGUCCGUGCCUUGUACGACUUCGAUGCUCUGGAGCACGACGAGCUGGGCUUCCGCACUGGGGACAUCCUGGAGGUCCUGGACAGCUCCAACCCCUCCUGGUGGAAGGGACGCCUGCGUGGGGAGCUGGGGCUCUUCCCUGCCAACUACGUCACACCGGUGCUGCUGUGAGGGCACAGCGCGGCCCAGAGGGCUCUGCUCGAGCUGCUCUUCUGAUGGGACAGGGACAGAGAAGGAGUGCAUCUUCCCUUGCCACCAGGACAUACAUUGUUUUUUGUUUUGUCUUAAUUUAUUGGCAUCUUUUGAAAUGUUGGUAUGAAAGAGAACCCUGUGAGGAAGAAAUUUUUUACCCCUUUUUUUCACAGUCAUAAAGGGGAGGGAGCAAAAAUCUUGGACUGUUCAUUGAGACUUUGCUGGGUGCUCCCUGCCCUGUCACUUCUUUUAACUAUUGAUAAGCUCCUGCAAUUAGGUUUAUUCUGUAGAAAUGCCCCUCAGGAAAGCAGGCUUCAGGUUAACUUCAGGUUCAGUAUUCAGGUAGCCCUAUCCCUUCAUUUUGGAUCUGGUAGCAGUCACAGUCUCUUCAGGCUCCAUUCCACCUUUCUGUCAGAGGCAGGAGGGACACCCACGUGAAUUAAAUGAUCCUUGGCCACAACAUUAAACCUUCAGUUAGGGCUUUAGGUUGAGGUUGAAACAAUCUAGCUUUCCUUAAUAGUUUCUGGCUUUCUUCUAGUUUAACUAUUUUCUUAAUAGUUUCUGGCUUACCCAUCUCACACUGUGUGUAUGGACUGUAUGGAUAUACCAGAUGAAGGGGAGGAACCCUGUAAGCUUUUGUACAAACGUGCAAGUGGUGAAGGUAUGGGAGGGCAAGAAGCUUUCUUUGCUUCUUCUCAUAGGCCUGCUCUUCUUUCUGUACCCCCUAACAACUUACCCAGUUCUCAGCUGCUGUCUUAGGUACCUACACUUCAGCUAGAUAGCCUGAUUAGAGCAGAUCAGGCCCUUCAGCUAAAUUAGUAUCCACUGGAUUGGAUAACAGUGAAUAUCCCUCACUGGUUCCUUUUGUAAAACUGUACUGGGGAGGGAUUGGAGAGUUUUCUCUGGUUUGCUGGCAGAAGUUCUUUCCCUGAGAACUUGCUGUGCUGAGGAUCACCAUGUACACAACUCUGGCUUACCAGAGAAAUGUCUCAUCCAACAAGUUAAGCUGUUAUUUCACAGUAUGCAAAGAAUAAAGCUAUAGCCGUAUAAUAGUCUAUUCCAGUUUCUUUUGGAUAAAAUAAGGUAAAUUAAUAGGUUUUCAAAUAACUGCUGAGUGAAUGCCCAGAUGUGAUACAAAUUUAUUGCAAAUGCACAUUACCUGUCCCCUUCACAAACCCUGUGAUGGGGACUCUACUGCAUAACCACUGCUCAGGCAUGUUGAUAUGAAACAAGCUGCCUGAAUUUUUCACCACAUGUGGGACCUCAGCAGUCAGCAAGCAGAAGUGAUGAUUAAUCAUUAUUGAAAAAGAAGGCAUAGGCAAGUGAAAACCUCUAAACACAAAUCAGACUCAGCAACAAACACAAAAAGUUCUUAUCUUUUGUUAGUCUCAGUGGAAGAAAAAGAACCCAGGAAAUAGGUUCUUGGGGAAGGCCAAUUCAAUGUGGCUGGCCUGAAUAAAGCUGCCAGCUAGACAGAGUGUUAGCACAAAGAACCCAUUUUGAGAGAACUCCACCAAAAGCAGAUUGUUAAUGGGUGAAGUAAAAUGAGAAUAUUUAACAAGGCAUAUAAGCUCUAUAGAGAAUAGAAAACUUCGAAUGACUCAGUAAGAACUUACUGGCUACCACAGUGGUCCAGGGAAUACAACUGCCAGGGCUGGAUGUGGCCCUGUUCUCUUGCAGGAGCUCUGCUCUGCCCCUUUAGUGUCUUCUGCUGAAGGGAAGUCCAUGAGGCUUCUUUUGGAACAAGAUCCCUUACCAUUUGUAUGAGGGUGUAAGCUCAGUGACUCCAGGUGGUAAUAAAUUUGGAAGUAAGGUAGUAAUAAAUUUGGAAGAGAGGGAGUUAAUACUCAGUGAGAGAAAGGGAGAGCAUUAAGACCAAGAGGAGACAGAACCAAGAAACCAGAGACUAACAAAGGCAAAGGAUAAAAGGAUAAAAAUGAUGAAUCUUUCAUAUUCAGCUCUGGCUGAAACAAAAGAAAUGGUGUAUUCACAAUUAUUCCCAUCAUGUCAAAUCAUCUUUCAAUUAAUUCCCUUUUUUUCUGUAUUAGUUACUUUUAAAAUUAGAAGCAAUGUCUCUUUUUCCUUUCCUCAGCACUCUAAAGACCCUCUUGGUAGUGAAGAUGUAGUUGCACAAAAUUAAUUGAAGAUAACGCACUUAGCAGUUUGAUAGCUCUUCAUGCAUUUGAAACCCCUUUACAGAGAUUAACUAAUUAAGCAAGUCUAAGAAGUGCACUGCAAGUACCCCUGUGUUAACUCAUGACUCAUUUGAGGAAGAGGUAAAUUUUCAUGUGAUUUUUUUGAACUGAUGUUUAAGGAACUAAUACCUAAGGUAAUUAGUAUUAAAGGACUGCACACUAAUUAUGGACAGCAUACCAGAACCACAGUAAAAUCAGGAUUUCUCAUUAUGAGCAGCACCUAAUGACAGCAAAAUUACCAGGAGGUGACAGCCUCAUGACAUCUGUGAUAACUCCACCAGUGCCUUGCUCUGCUGCCCUGUGCAGGGGCCGAGCUCAGGGCUGCCUUGCCCAGUCCCUCUUGUCUCUGCUUUUGGCCUUGCAGUGCUGCCUGCAGGUACUGCACAUGGCAGGGGCUGGGAGGCACAGGGGCCAGCCUGCAUUUUUGUACCCUCCCACAGUAAAAGUCAUUUUUCUCCCAGCAAAAGAGCAGUGCUAAGGAUUGUGGCUAUUCCCAAGAGACUCCAGAUACAAGGGCAAAGUGGGGGAUUUGGGGGGAUAGAAGGGGCUGUGGGAUGGAGACGUUUUCUCCGUCCCAUGCCAUUUUGUGCCCAUGAAAUUCUCUCUCUCACAGAUCAGGCCACUUCAUAAGGAGAGACACUCCUCUCCUCUAACCACAUACCCUGCCAACCUUGCUGCUUUUUCUUCCAACAGGUUUUAAUUGUAGCACAAUCCUUAUUAAUUCUGUGGUGAUUCAUUCACACCUCAGAGUCUAUUGCCCGUGCAAGAGGCACAUAUUAGCAACCUAGGACUGGAGCCUUAAGGUGACAGUGCUGCACUGACCUUACCUGACAUUUGCUAGUGUUUUGGAAAGAACCAAACCUUUGUCUGGAACAUAUCCCAAGAGAGUCCACUGUGAAACCAAAAUGGGAAGGGAUAAAGAGGAAAACCAGAAGAGUAUUUUCUUUGUUAUUUUUCUUAAGCAAGAAAGACAGUUAAUGAGAGAAGAGAAUGUAAACUGAGAUAAAAGUAGGAAAAGUAUGUGGGAAGGCAAACAUAGCAAAUGAAACAGAGGAAGCUGGACUUGUACAUGGUAAAAUAAGUUUGAUGAGCACAGCUGAGCUGUGCCUUCUCCUGUCUGAAUUAACUUUUUGCCUAUGUUCUGCUGCAAGUCCAUAUUUUGCUUGGAAAUGUCUCUGUGAUUAAUAAGGCUGAGCUAAAAAGAGUAAAUGGAAAUUUCUUUUGGUGUGAAAGAUGUGCAGGCAGUUUUCUGUGCCACAAAAGAGAGGUCUCUGCCUUGGUGUACAUGUUUGCUGUAGCAGCUGUGCUCACUGGAGAAACCACGGGAUCAGGGCUGGUUCCCAUUGGACUGCUCACAGCUAGGAGCACCAGGGAGAUGAUCCACCAAGUCAGCACCUGCUCAGGCUGCUGUGCCAGCCUCUUGUGCCACAAAAACAAGUUCAUGGGUGGUGGUUGUUGUUUUUUAAAUGGAGGUUUCCGUGGGCUGUGCAGGAAAUCUGAAGCUUUUCACAACAGUCACCUGUUACUGAUUUUUUCUGUUUAGCAGCACCUCUCAUCCUUCCUCCCCAACAGAAUCCCAAUGCUGCAAGCUCUAGAAAGGCCCUUUUGCCUUCAGCCCGUGUGGAGAGUAACCAAGAUGAGAGAGUAACCAAGGAUGUCACAAGCAAAAGAUCCAGCAGCCAGGACUACGUGGCUUGAGCAGCCUCAAACAGCAAUGUGCCAUCAGCUGGGACAUUUUGCACUGCAGGGGCAAUGGCACAGCAGAUGUAGUCCAGCAGUGAGGGGAGAAGGGUGACCCCUACCCCAGCUGGGAGCAGCAAGUCUUAGGGCUCUGCUCAGACUCUUGUUCUGCAGCUCUUUGCCCUGGAGCCUGGGCUACGCCACACUGGUGUGAGAAGUGUUUGGCAGUGCUGCCCAUCCCUGUCCAGUGCAGCCCCAGAAGUCUCUGUGCACCUCCUUGCAGCUGCAGCCCUUCACCUUGCUGCCCCUCCUGGGCCCAUGGCCCAGCUUGUGCCUCUGUGCUGAGAGAAAGUGCUCUGCAGACAUCUCAUUUCAAAUAUUUGUUCAAAGCAAUUGGCUCAGGUGCUUUUAGAUGAUACCCCAUGGAGGUCAGUCAAAACCAUUAGUGUUCCCUAGGUGAUCCAGGCAGUUACAUUUACUGGCUAAAACACAGGCAUGAGCUAAAGAGCUUCUGACAUCCAGCCUGUCCUUGCUGCUGAAGACUUUGCAUUUCAGUGGGGAACCAUGAACUGAGUGAAUGAUAAAGCCUUUAACAGCCCUGAAGAAGAGGGCAGAGCAUUGCCAAUUUCUCCAAUUUUUUAGAGGCAACUUUCAUGUGACAGAACUCAUGAGCCUUAAUUCGCAUCAAAUGCAAAAGAAGUUUCUUACAUAAGCAGAACUGCCAGCAGAAAACAGCCAAUGACUUAUCUGUGAGCUCCAGGGUAGCAGGGAAACAGGCAAGUGGAUGAGGAAGGGUCACUGACCUUUGCGUGCAGAGAAAAUUCAAAGUACAUUGUCUGCUGCCAUUGUGCAAGUGAGAGGUGCUUGGCCCAUGUCCAGCCUGCCAACAUGAAAAUGCAAAAUUUCACAAAUGGCAGGCGUGCAGGAAUCCUUGUAGACGUGCAGAAAUAAAAUUACCCAAGCAACAAAGGGAGGAAGAAGAAACAAAAGAUCCCUAGGUCUCUUGCGGCUUCUCACCGCUCAUCGAAGUAGGCUCAUUUCCACCAGGAUUUGUGGAAGAUACAGCUAUGGAGAGUGUCACAAACAAAAACAAGAGUAAAAAUGGGGAAGGAAAAGCAGUUUAGGAUGUGCAUCUACUACUGUUCACUUAAAGCUAUAAAAUGAUGACAGUGUCCUGAUACAAUGACUGAAGUUUGAGUUGAGUGUUUAAGUGGUGCUUCUAAAACCUUUCAGUACUGUGAUUCAUGCACAUCUAUGAAUUCUGUGGUUCUGAAAAGGAAAAGAAAAAGGAAAACCUGGGGAAAAUAUGAGAUACAUUGCAAAUGACCUCUAGAUCAGGAGAGAAGGUAUCUUCUAUGACUGUGCUGUACCGAAUGUGUCAUAAUUUCCUUGUGCUACUAGCCAGUUCCUUUUCCUGGUCAGAUUCCACGAUGAAUACUACUGCAGUGCCAACAGGUAAUAACAUAUAGCAGGAAUCAGUGCUUGGUGCCCCUUCUUGUGACUCUGGCAGAAUGUUUUCUGCCAGAGUUUUGUUGCUGGUGUUGUUGUUUUUGUUGGUGUUGGGGGGAUGAUGAUGAUGUGUUUUGCAGCAUACCAAAGGUUUGGUUGUGAAAUGCUGAAUUAGAAGCAGA